AUAUUCAUAAUCUUCGGUCACAUUCACCUGGUACAUUUGAAGCCAUGAUACACUGGAAAUUAGCAUGAAUGACAGCCAACCAGACCAGCCAAUCUGAGGAUGAUUUAAGUGCUAACAGGAGCCAAUAGGAGUAGAUUUGGGCGUGAAUAGAUUUUUUUUGUCCACUGGAAAACAUUUAAGAAUCGUGACUCUCUGACUGGACCAUUCUUCACGAGUAAAACCCAACGCAUUUGGGAUAUAUUGCUUCAUAUUUAUUAAAUAUCUAGCUAGCUGAGUUAUAAACCGUUCCACUAUUUAGCUUGAUAGGAUUGAAAUGCUACAUUUUCGGUCUUCGGUAGUGCUCAAGGAGUUGUUUCAAUCCAACCUGAAGCGCCCUUUGACAGGUAUAGCCAGACAUACAUCACCAUCAGUCGCGUAUUGCUUUAGCACCGCCUGUACAGAUGUCAGAUCUGUGCCCAAAGUAAAGUGUCUCCAGCAUGCGGUUGGAUGGAGAGAUUCGCCAUACACUACCAACGGCCACGGAACUCGGAAGCUCUCCACCAAGAGCGAUGACAGUUCGGCCCCACCGCCAACGGACACCAAAAAUGACACCGCCACCAGCAAUGAAACCGCCACCAAGGAGGCAGCUGCCGAAAAGAGAAGGCAGGCAGGCAUCCUGCCCAGUCUGGAGGAUCUACUCUUCUACACCAUCGCCGGGGGCGCUGAAAAAAUCCCAGCUCACAAAUUCACCACAGCGCUGAAAGCCACAGGGCUUCGGACCGGAGACCCCCGGCUGAAGGAAUGUAUGGAGAACCUGAAAGUCAUCAUGAAGACCACGUCAGACGGAAACCUGGACCGACACCUCUUCAAGAAGUGUGUCCAGAGCAACAUCGUGCUGCUCACCCAGGCCUUCAGGAAGAAGUUUGUUAUCCCCGACUUUGUGUCCUUUGCCUCCGAAAUCGACGCUCUCUAUGAGAAUGCCAAAAACCUGGGAGGGGGACAGGUGGCUGACUACAUUCCCCAGCUGGCAAGGUUCAGCCCGGACCUCUGGGCCGUGUCCAUAUGCACUGUGGAUGGACAAAGACACACAGCGGGUGACACCAAAGUCCCGUUCUGCCUACAGUCGUGUGUAAAGCCUCUGAAGUACGCCAUCGCCGUGAACGACCAUGGGACAGAGUAUGUGCACCGUUUCAUCGGCAAAGAGCCCAGCGGUCUGCGCUUCAACAAACUAUUCCUUAACGAGGAAGAUAAACCACAUAACCCUAUGGUUAACGCCGGCGCUAUCGUGUGCACGUCCCUCCUAAAGCAAGGGGCAAGCAACGCUGAGAAAUUUGAUUAUGUCAUGAACUUCAUGAACAAGCUGGCAGGAAACGAGUAUGUGGGUUUCAGCAAUGCCACAUUCCAGUCAGAGAGGGAGUCUGGAGAUCGGAACUUUGCUAUUGGCUACUACCUGAAGGAGAAGAAGUGCUUUCCAGAGGGGACAGACAUGACCUCCAUUUUAGACCUCUACUUCCAGCUGUGCUCCAUCGAGGUGACCUGUGAAAGCGCUAGCGUCAUGGCGGCCACCCUGGCCAACGGCGGUUUCUGUCCAAUCACAGGCGAGCGCGUGCUGGGCCCGGAGGCGGUACGGAACACCCUGAGCCUCAUGCACUCAUGCGGCAUGUACGACUUCUCGGGACAGUUCGCUUUCCACGUUGGACUUCCAGCUAAGUCGGGCGUGGCAGGGGGAAUCCUGCUGGUGGUGCCCAACGUCAUGGGUAUCAUGUGCUGGUCCCCGCCACUGGACAAGCUGGGUAACAGUGUACGAGGAAUCCAGUUCUGCACGGAUCUGGUGUCCCUUUGCAACUUCCACAACUACGACAACCUGAAGCACUUUGUCAAGAAGCUGGAUCCUCGCAGGGAGGGCGGAGACCAAAGGGUGAAGUCGGUCAUCAAUCUUCUCUUUGCUGCGUACACUGGCGAUGUGUCUGCACUGAGGAGGUUUGCUCUGUCUUCCAUGGACAUGGAGCAGAGGGACUAUGACUCCAGGACAGCCCUCCAUGUGGCUGCAGCAGAGGGACAUGUGGAGGUGGUCAAGUUCCUGUUGGAGGCAUGCAGGGUCAACCCUGUUCCCAAAGACAGGUGGGGUAACACACCGAUGGAAGAGGCUGUGCACUUUGGACACCACGACGUUGUGACCAUGCUCCAGGACUACAACAACAAGUACAGUCCACCGGGGGGCGCCACUGAGGACAAAGAGAAGGAGAUAUCGGAGAAGAACAUUGACGGCCUACUAUGAGCCAAUUAAUACUCUUAUCUAUCCAUAGAAAUGAAAUAACUAGAACGGACGUUCCCAUUGAAAUUAUAUAUAUACAUGUGAUCUGAGUGGCUUGGUUCUUUCCAGUCAUUCUAUUUCUAUGGCCCCAUUAACUAUCUGGAAGACUUACUGUAAGUGUGUGGUCCAUUUGUCACGUCAGUGGUAGGUCACGUCAGUGGUAGGUCACGUCAGUGGUAGGUCACGUAUACUGUCGAUAGUACUGUAUUUUUGAUUUUGUAUAAAAGUAUUGUAUUUCUGUCAUUUGAAAGACGACAAUGUGUUUAAAAUAUAUAUAUAUAUUGACCUUUGACUUUUUCCCAGAUGUUUUUAGUUUUUUGGGUUGUUUCCUUUCGCUUCGCUUUUUUUAUGUCGUACUGCGCAAUUCUCCCUCAGUGUGUGUCGGCACUAUGUGGAAUGUAUUUUCUACAUUUAAGUGCACAAAACAUUUCUCUUUAUGUACAACAGUGUGUAAAACCUGAACGUAUGCAUAACAUAACGUGUACAUUUAUGUAUUGUGUAUAUCCCUGAAAUUAAUAUAAUAUCAGAGGUAGAUGGAUUUAGUGUAAAUACUAUUUUAUCUGUAGUGAAAACAAGUGACUCUCACUGGCACAGGUUUUGAAGUUAAUGGGUAAAAAUGGGUCCACACACUGUGCAUUAGGCUUAAGUUUGUCUCCAUUGAUGAGUCAGAAUGCAUGACAUAAACUAUUCCACAUGUUCACAGAUCUAGGGAGCCUGGUUGCAAAUCUGUUUGUGCUGUAUAUGACACUGGCUAUUCAGUUGGCUAUACAGGCCAGAGAGAUCUGGGACCAGGUUAUCUGUGAUUUAAGACCGCUGGUCUUUUGAUUUAGGCACAGGAGCUUCAUAUGAAUUCAAAGUAUGGCAUUAUGUGGAAUGAGUUUGGUUUUGUUGGUUUGCUAUUCGAUAGCUAGACAUUUUUGCACCUUUUUCUCCACAAUAACAACAACAACAUUUUUUUAUUGAUUGUUCUAUAAUCUUAUUUUAAUUUGGAGUAGAAAGGGGGUUAUUUAUUUAGGUUUCAGCCAAAGCUUUACUGAUAAUAAAGUCUAGUCGGCGACUUAAAAAAAGAGAGGAUAUCACACGCCUCAGGAGCAAUACAAUACAAUUCAACCAGCAGCCAGACAUGUUUCCCACCUGUGCUAAGUCAAAUUUUAGGGCAAAACAUAAAACCCUUCGAAAACAUUGAUUUAUCACUUCAUGGAUACAGCCGUGUGAAUGGUGUUACUAUUAUGAUUUGUUACACGUUUUAUUUAUUUGUCAGAUGUAUUUUUUUACAUUGAUUUUAUCAUCAGUUAUAGACAGUGCAUUACACUUUAAUGAAUGUUUUUGGUUCAGAACAACUCCACAAAGGUGGACUUUAAAUCUCGCCAUACUCACCCAAAUGCCUCGUUUGGGUAGAGAUAAAAUAGUUAUCCUUAUGGGCCUAUAUGAAAGCAGAACACUAAGACGAUCCUACACACAGCUAAUGGAGCACUUUUUAUGCAGAGAUGCGCAUAUUGAUUGUUUAACUGUUUAGAGUGUAAAAGUGUAAAAUAACGUAAGGGUAUACUUGACAAAUCAGGUUAGUUUGGUGAGAACUAGUCUGUGUGUAUUUGUUUGUGUCAUUGACUAUGGGAGGGACAGACGACAAAUCUGGUAAUGACAGAGGACAUUGCCAUCAAAAUCUCAAUUGCCAUCAAAAUCCCUACUCAAUUGUGCUAAAAGUACCAAGGCAACCUGUGAUUUGAUGAACGGAUAUAUUUUUAUUGACUAACUCAUCUCAAGUGUUCAGUGUUGCAUUCAUUGGAUUUGACUUGACUUGGUCUCCCCAGUCCCUGUUGCACAGGAAGCCGUGCGUAUGAGUGUUUAUUGUUCACCUGUGUAGGUGCAGGUCAUCUUCAACAUUAGCUAAUUAUUUUGAAUGUACCACAGGUGUAUACUGAUGUCAUCAGUUUGUUUGUUUUCAUUCAAGUGUAUCCGCUUCAGCUGAGUGUUGCAGGCAAGGGAGAAAUAUUUAUUUCAAUGAUCAAACAAUGAAUAAAUAUAUAACUUUAAAUAUGGAUAUCUCCCUUUACUCCCACUCUAUAUUCUUGAAUAAAGGCAUGUGAAGACUUGGG